AUGGGAGAUCAAUACGAAGCACUAGGGGAUCUUGAAGCAGGUAUGUGUUGAGAGUACCAUUUUUAAUGCACGGCACUACUAGUACUAUAAACUAGCUUUGCACCUAUUUAAAGUUUUUUGGGGUUUUAUGUCAAAAUGGAAAAGAUUUUACGAGUUAUGCCAAAAACGACAAAAAUUUUGAAAAAUGUUGACUUUAAAGCCAAUUUUCACAGUCAAUUGUACAGCCUUGCGUUCAGUAAUGUAAAAUAGUGUUGCCAGUACGAUUUCGCUUCUCUGUACCAAAUUUCAUAAAAUUCUAUCAACAACAACCUUCAUUUUUAGCCGCCGCAGCACCACCACCCCCACCUCCGCCGCCGCCGGAAGAAGACGAAGAUAAGAAGUCGGCCGAACACACUGAACCACCCAAAAAACCAGAGCCAAAAAAGGCCGAGCCCAAAAAACCCGUGCCCAAAAAGCCGGCCGAGAAGCCCAAGGAAAAGCCGAAGAAACAAAAGGAUGAAUCCAAGGAAGAAACGGACGAGAAAACGGCCGAUGAUCAAGAUGAAAAGCCGGCUGAAAAUGAAAAAGAAAAGGAAAAAGCGAGUCAACAGACGGAUCUGGCACAUUCUCCCAACGGCUACGAGAAUGUUGGAUCAGUGGAAGACAUUUCGAUGAUGCCGCCAAAGUCUGAGCUGAACGAGAAGCCUAAAAACAACAACGUGAGAGCAAUAUUCGACAUUGUUUUAGCCGUUUUUGUCCUUGUGUUAGCUAUUUUCGGCCAUAUUUCAGCCAUCUUUUGCUACUUUUGGCCGCUUAAAACCUUUCCCAACAUUGUUUCACUCAUUCCCGACAUUAUUUUAGCCAUCUUUUUUUCAAUACUUUUUUUUACCUUAUUUGAACAAUUUUUGAGCGUUUUCAUCUGUUAUUGGAACAUUUUUCAACCUAAAGCAAUGAAAACCAAGAAAAAACUUACCAUUUUUAGACCAAAAUCUACAAGAAAUUGUUUGCACGGUACACAAAAUCAGCCAGAUGCUUUAUCGCCGCCAUUCUGAUCACUGGGAUCUUCAUAACCUUGUUCUCCUCGACCAUCUUCUUCAUCGACUGGUCAGAGCUCUUCGUGAGUGGAGAACCAAAAGAACUUUAG